AUGGGCCUGUCCACUUUCUCCACCAUCGACGAGCUCCUCAAAGCUCAGGCGGCACGUCCAGAUGAUCCGGUCCUCGUAGCAUAUCCUGUCACCGACAUCGAUGAUUUCGAGGAACACACCGCAAAAGCCCUCGAUCAAUACACAGAGGCAGCAGCGGCGAAGUACAAGAGCCUCGGUCUGAAGCCUGUGGACCCCACGUCCCCCAGCACUCCAGUCGUAGCCCUCCUGGCCCCAUCCAGCUUCGAAGUCAUCGUCACCAUCCUCGCCGUCAGCCGGCUGGGCUGGGCCCUCCUCUUCCUCUCCCCGCGCCUCGUCCCGGCCGCCCACGCGCGCCUGCUCCAGAUGUGCGACUGCACGACAAUGAUCGUGGCGCCCGUCUACCAACCCACCAUCCCGGCCAUCUCCUCCUCCCUCUCUUCCUCCGCCCCCUCCACCACCCCCCUGACCACCCUCCCCCUCAUCACCCGCCCAGACUACCGCUGCACAUCCCCCAUCACCACCUUCGCCCCCGUCCCUCCCACCACCGCGGCCCACCAAUCCACCAAAACCGCCUGGAUCAUCCACUCUAGCGGCAGCACCGGCUUCCCCAAACCCAUCCCCCUCUCGCACCGCGCGCUCCUCGCGAACUUCUCCAAAGGCCUCGGGCUGCGCGCUUUCUGCGCCAGCCCGCUCUUCCACUCGCACGGGCUGAUGGAGCUGUUCCGCUGCUUCUACCGCGGCGCGCCGAUGUACAUGGCGAACCACGCGCGGCCCGUCACGCGGGCGAAUCUGGUGCGGGCGAUGAGGGUGGCGAAGCCUGGGUUGGUGACGGCGGUGCCGUUUGUGUUGGGGUUGUUAGCCGAGGGGGAGGACGGGGUGGGGGAGUUGGGGAAGGCGGAGGUGGUGAUGUUUGCGGGGAGUGCGUGUCCGGAUGAGGUGGGGGAGAGGUUGGUGCGAGCGGGGGUGAGGCUGGUGGCGAAUUAUGGGAGCUCCGAAACCGGCGCCAUCAUGUCCUCCCUCCGCCCCGCCGGCGACACCGCGUGGUCCUACCUCCGCAUGCCCCCGCACAUAGCACCACACAUCCUCAUGGACGAAAUCUCCCCCGGCAUCUUCGAAUGCGUGGCCCUCGAAUCGCUCCCCUCGCGCGGGCCGACCAACUGCUCCGACCCGCCCAACUCCUACCGCACCCGCGACCUCUUCACGCGCCACCCGACCAACCCCUCCUGGUGGAAGUACCUGACGCGCCUCGACGACCGCCUGACGCUGGUCAACGGCGAGAAGGUGCUGCCGCUGCCGAUCGAGGGACGCGUGCGACAGAGUCCGCUGGUGGCCGAGGCGGUGGUGUUUGGGGCGGGCAGGAGUGUGCCGGGGAUGCUGGUUUUUCGGGAUGAGGAGGACGGGACGGCGAGGGAGUUGGGAGAGGCGGAGUUCGUGGAGCACAUUUGGGGGGAUGUCGAGGAGGCGAAUAAGGGGGCGGAGUCGUUUUCGCGGAUUCCGAGGGAACUGGUUGUCGUGAUGCCGCGGGGCACGAGUUGGCCGAGGACGGAUAAGGGGACGGCGGUGAGGCAGCAGGUGUACGAGGUGUUUAAAGAUGUUAUUGAUGAGGCGUAUGCGAGGUUUGAGCAUGGGGAGGACGACGCGGGUGAUGGUGAGCCGCUGCUGGCGCUGGAUGUUCCGGAGCUGGAGCAGUGGCUGUUGGAGCGGUUCCAGCUCGAUCUCGGCGUGAAGCUGGAGAGCGUGGACGCAGACGUCUUCGCGGCCGGCGUGGACAGCCUGCAGACGACGCGCAUCUGGAGCCUGAUCCGGAAGAAGCUCGACCUGGGCGGCAAGCAGGACGCGCUGAGCCAGAACGUCGUGUACGAAAAGGGCACGCUGCGGGCGCUGGCGAAGCACCUGUACGGCCUACGAACGGGCGAAGACGUCGGCCAGAGCGACGAGGAAGAGCUGCUGGCCAUGCAGGAGCUCGUCGACGAGUUCUCGACCUUCCGCCCACACGUCCCCGGCACCGUACCAGCGCCCGCCGGCGAAGUCGUCCUCCUCACCGGCGCAACCGGCGGCCUAGGCGCACACCUCCUCACCACCCUCCUCUCGCGCCCCGACGUCCACCACAUCUACGCCCUCGCCCGCGCCCCCGACUCCACCACCGCGCAAUCCCGCAUCCUCGCCUCCCUCGCCUCGCGCGGCCUCGAGCCCUCCUCUUCCUCCUCCUCCUCCUCCUCCUCCUCCUCCUCCUCCGCCCUGACGAAGCUCACAGCCGUCCCCUCCUCCGACCUCAGCCUCCCCGGCCUCGGCCUCCCCGCAGACGUCCUCGAGAACCUCAAGGACACCCUCACGUGCGUCAUCCACGCCGCCUGGCCGGUCAACUUCACGCUGCCCGUGCGCGCGUUCCGGCCGCACGUCGCGGGGCUGCACGCGCUGCUGCAGCUGUGUCUGGACGUGCGGACGGCGCGCGGGGGGCCGGCGGCGCUGUAUUUUGCUAGUAGUGUCUCGGCGGUGGGGGGGAUGGCGAGCCUUCCCAACGCCACCACCACGGCCACCACGCACGCGGGUGAUUCCGGAAAUGGAACGGCCGCAGUCGUCACGGUGCCCGAAGCCGUCCCGCAGCCGCUCGCCGCGGCGCAGAAGAUGGGGUACGGCCGCAGCAAGCUGGUUGCGGAGAAGGUCGUGGAGGCCGCCACGGGGGAGGGCGUGGGGUUGAGGGCGAGGGUGCUGCGGAUCGGGCAGCUGGUGGGCGAUUUGGGCGUGUGGAGUACUGGUGUGCUGCCGGCGUUGGAUGAGAGCCCGUCGUGGCUGCCGAUCGAUGUGGCGGCGGCGGCGAUUUUGGAUAUCGCGUUGCCGGAGGAGCAGAAGAGCGGGCGGGUUGAGGGACAGGGUGAGGGUGGGGUGGUGUAUCAUAUCCUCAACCCGCAGCAUUUUCACUGGACGCGGGACUUUGUUCCUGCGUUGCGGAGAACGGGGCUUCUGCCGGAGUUUGACGUGGUCCCGCCGGAGGAAUGGCUGGCGAACUUGCGGGACAGUGAUCCGGAUGUGGAGAAGAAUCCCAGCAGGAAGCUUCUGGAGUUCUGGGAGGGGAAGUACGGGCAGCGAGCGGGAGGGAAGAAGAUGCUGAGGCACGAGACUAAGAACACGCUCGCACAGGCGCCAAGGCUGGGGGAAGUGCCGCUGGCGGAUGUCUUGAAGAAUGGCGAUUGGUUGGAGAGAGUUGUGCGGAGGUGGAUCAAUUCGUGGUAG